CCCCCACGGCCGCCAUGGCGGGCGGAGCGCGCCGGCUCUACCGCCGCCUCCUGCGGCUGCACCGCUCGCUGCCGCCCGCCCUGCGCGACCUGGGCGACCGCUACGUCAAGGAGGAGUUCCGGAGGCACAAAGCGGCCGAGCCCGCCGAGGCCCAGCGCUUCCUGCGGGAAUGGGAGAGCUAUGCAGCAGUGAUCCAACAACAAAUUAAUGAAGACAAACAAAACUUGAGAGAAAAGGCUGUAUAUGGAAUCCAGCUCACAGAAGAAAAACUUAAUGAUUUCCGUGAUGAACAGAUUGGGCAGCUGAAGGAACUGAUGGAUGAGGCUACCAAACCUAAUAAAAAAAUCACCAUUUCUAAAGACUCAGAAUACAAACCCUAAAAGAUUAAAAAAAACCCAAAAACCAUAAUGCGCAUGGAAGUAUUUUAUAACUGCUUUUUCCAGUUUUACUUGAAUGUGGUUUCUGUGAGAUAAUGGAUGCUGCUGAUCUAUGGCUUGUGUGAAAUGGAUGUGUUUGGCUUUCUGUGCAAGAAUAAAUGGAAGAAUGGAAUAAUCACAA